AUGGCGUACUCCAGCGGCCGCUCCUCCUCCACCGACUCAUCCGCCUCCUCCUCCUCGCCGCUGCACCGUCGCGCGGAGGAGGGGGAGGCGGAGGCCCUCGUCCCGCACUUUGAGCUCACCACGAUUGGGCACGAGCUGGAGGAGCCCAUUCUCUCCAUGGACUCCCAGUGCGACGUCAUGGCGCUGCUGGGGGAGAAGGGCGGGCUGGUGGUGCGAGACACGGCGCGGGACGCCGCACCCCUGACGGCCGCCAUACGCAAUCCGUACCGGGUGUUUCUUGACCCCACCGGGACCCACGCACUCGUCGCCGCGACGGAUGGGGAGAUGUAUUACUACUCCUCACGGCAACGCAAGGUGUCGGGUCAUUUUCAACUGCAGCACCGCGGUGGGACCUGGGACGGCGCAACGACGGCACCGCCGGUGCCGCUCCUGACGACAAGCAACAAUGUUGCUGAAUGCGUCUGCUGGCUCCCUGAUGCACCGACAGAGGAUUCAAGUCAAACAGCAAUGAAAGUGCACUGCCUCGUUGGCACCAAACUCGGGGGCUUUGUUUUUGAAGUCAAGAUAGAGGUGAGUGGAGAGAGCGCGGUUAAGCCGGCGUGCCGGCAAUGCUUGCAGCUUCCUGCGGGUGGCUUUCAAAGCCCCGUAGCCUCCAUUCAGGUUGAGCGGGUGAACAGUCUCUGGCUGAUUUUUCUCGCUACAGCCACAACGUUGUACCGUGCGGAGGGCGAGGCAUCCUGCCCGAUGGAACUUCUCGACAAGGUGGCUAAAGAGCCCAAGCUACUCCAUAUCCGUGAGUCGAACGCCACCUCUGACGUGUCCGCCCGGGGGGCCGUUGUGUUGUACCGUCCUGGCCUAGGCAUGCCGGCGCAGUCCUACGCGUGGACCAGCACAACAGGUGUUGUGCAUGGACUGAUGAACCGUUGCAUCCACCACGAUCUUUCCAGCAGUGAGGCGGCGGUCUUUGGGUGGAGUGACGCCUCCGCGGUGGUGAACGAGCAGCUCCUCGCACUAACGAGGGUACGACAUUCUACGCAUGACGCAGGGAACUUUGCCGCUGCUCCUGCUGCCUCCCCCACCGCAAGUAGUCGUGGACUUCCGCAGACAAAAAUGCCAAUGGAGGUGGCACUGACGGCGUUUCAUAUGAUACUGCUCUACAAUGAUCGACUGGUUGUACUAAAUCACCCUGCAGGCCUCACCUGGCGAGCCGCGUCCUCGACGUUACUUGGCGACAGUCCGUACGCCUGCGAGAUCGAGGAACGCAUACGCUUUGACCCCUUUCACGCCGCGAGGAAGCCGUUGGAGUUGCGUGGAAUCGUGCGAGACACUGCGGCGCGCAAGAUUUACAUAUUUGGGAAAAAUAUCCUGUGGGAGCUUCAGGUGGAGCAGGAGCAUCGGCAGCAGUGGUGGGUAUUUCUCUACCGGGCUAUGAACCGCGGCGAGUCUCUCCCGUUGCGAAAGCGUUUUUUUCAAGCCGCGUACAACCUGUGCAAAUAUCGUCCUUCCAAUAAAAAUAUCGUUCAGCUGCUGCGGGGAAAAUUUCUGCUUCAGAUUGGGGCUGUGCAGUACGCCACGGAUGUCUUGGCCGACUGCGACCGCUUUGAGGAUAUCUACGACCUUCUGGUUUCCCUGCGCAACAGCAAGGUGCUGCGGCUGUACGUGGAGAAGCGCUACAAGCUGCUGGUCAAGUAUGCCGUGAGUGCCUCUGUGAUGGAGACUCAGCUGGCCUGCCUGCUCGUCCUCAUUGUGAUGCAGCGGCUGAACGGGAUUACGCGAAGCGAGGCGAGCGAAAAAACGAGCGUUGCCGCCACCGCGAGCCUAAACGCGUUUCUUGAGCAGGCCAUAAAAGAUAGACCGAGGCUGUUUGAACGGAGCUCAUACAGUGAACUCAUCGUCCGGCUGUUGGAGGGGCAAGGGCGGCCUGAACUUGCCCUUGGGUUUGCGGCGAGGAUUAAAAAGGUCCACUACCUUUUGACGUACCACGUCUCUCAUGGGGAGUACACGCAGGCGGCCGAUUUGCUCGCAACGCUCGCCCGGCGCCCGGAGACGCUCGAACUGUGGUAUGAGUUUUCUCCACUUCUCAUGAAAAAGUGCCCGAUACGACUUACCACGGCCAUGCUUCGCGUCGUGGCCCGCGACCGGCAGGGGGGCACGUACAUGUUGCUGCAGCUGGAGCGACUCAUUCCGGUGUUUAUUCAGUACUCCCCGCAGAUGAACGAGGACCCAAACAAUGGCCAGCACCAAGCCAUCAUUUUAUUGGAACGUUGCAUCAACAAAUUCAACUGCGUCUCAACAGUUGUGCAUGACUACUACCUAAGCCUCCUGGCAAAGAACGAUGGAGAACGACUGGAUGAAUUUCUUGAAUCAUCCCUCUUCUACAGCGUCGAUUUUGCACUCCGUCGCUGCUUAGAGGCUCGCAGGUACCGGCAAUGCGUUGGACUUUAUCGUCGGCUGCAUCUCUACGAGGAUGCCAUACGUACCGCCUUGGAAUGCUCUGAGCCGUCAGAUGUCAAGGAUGAAGAGUGGCCUGCCCUGCGUGUGGCCAGGGAUCUACUUCGCUCGCUUCCCGAACCUUUGGAGGCGUCAAAGGAGAAGAAACUUUGGCUUAUUGUGGCACAGUAUGCGUUGGAGAAGGGCAACCCCCGUAUGGCGCUCAGCGUUGUGGAGGAUUCUGGCGGUGUGCUGAAGCUUGAAGACAUCCUUGGCGACAUCAGUGAUAGCUUGGUUGUGCAGGACUUUAAGGACUCCAUAUGUAAAAGCCUAGACGCGUACACCUCCUCUAUUGCCGCAUUGAGGGAUCAGCAGCUGGAGGCGACACAACUGUCCGAAAACAUAAAACAGGAGAUUGCGCAGCUGCAGUGUCGCUUUGGAUACAUUCCAGCACGUCAGCGGUGCAUCUUGUGCGAUCAGCUUCUUUUGCGAGAGUCUGCACCGUACCUGAUUUAUCCGAAUUGCCAGCAUGCGGUCCACGAGGCCUGUGCCGUGGCAAAGCUGGAGGAGAUUGGCGGUCUAGAGGCUUUUCUUGCGGAUGAGGGGCUGCCGAGGCAGUUUCUUGACGGCGUGACUUCCACAAAGGAGUUGGCGCAAACGGAGUGCGUUCUCUGUGGCGAAGCGUCUAUCCUUGAGAUUGACCUCCCCCUCUGCGUCGAGGAUCGCUCCUGGUCCGUGGCGUAG